UUACAUUAGAUUAAUAAGAAGUAUGCAAUGUGUUAGCGCAAUACGUUUCGAACAUUAUUACAUUGUUCUGAGAAUAUUCGUCUUCUUAUUAUACUAUACAGAUUUAUCAAAAGGACUAAUUACAUUAAAUUUCAUUGAUUAUAAGCAUUUUCUACUUUAGGUUUAUUACUUGAAAUUAUAAAUAAUAAUGUCGGGACGUAAUUCAAUUGAUUUGAUUUGUUUCCUAAUUCACAGGCUCACUUGAUCACGUAGAAAUUAUGGAGAAAGGUUCUUGUUCUGUACAUUAACUUUGCCUAUUUUUUUGUUGUUGGUGUUAUUCCUUCAAAACGAGAUUUUUGGUCUCUCCAUACUUUACACUGAUUCCACAAAAGUCUAAUGUAGUGCCAAAUAACCAGAAUCCUAGAUUUUCCUGUCAACUACCUACAACUACUUAAAAUCUCAAUAUAAUGUGCUUGCAUUGUUGAAUUUCUGACUAGACAAGUGGUUAACAAUAUAAUUUGGUUUUGGAUAGCAGAGUGGAUACUUAAACUUCUUCAAAAAUAUUGAUUGUCAGUGUCAUGAACAGCAUGAAAAAUCAAUACGUUUACCUGAUGCAGAUCUCAAUGAUAGUUAUACUGGUUCAGAAUGAUUAAAAUGUACAACCGAAAUGUCAGAUUAAGUGUCACUAAAGUUGGUGAAUACAGAUGGUUCAUCUAAAGGAAUCUAUUUCAAAGAUGUAGUGUACAUGCUCUCCAUACUCAUUAGAAUAUUAGCAUACUAUGGAAGCAAAUACUAUGGGAAUUCAUAUCAUAUUAUUGGUUCAGUAGUACUUCCAAUAAAUUAUUUGAUUGUUUGGUCAGAACUUGCUCCCAAAAUAAAUCCAUCAGCAUCAGUUAAUGCCUUCAAAUUUCGAAGCUCCGAAAUGAAAUACAUGGAUUGCUAAUGGAAUGGCUUAUUUGGAAAAAGAGCACUAUAUUCAUCGUGAUUUAGCCGCACGUAAUAUUUUAGUUGGAGAAAAUAAUUGUGUUAAAGUAGCUGAUUUUGGUUUAGCUCGUAUGGUGGAAGAUCACUACUCUACAUAUAUGGCUCAGAAAAGUACAAAAUUCCCAAUUAAAUGGACAGCACCAGAGGCUGCAUUAAUGGGUCGUUUUACAAUAAAAUCAGAUGUCUGGUCAUUUGGUAUUGUUAUUUAUGAAUUAAUUACACUAGGCCAAGUUCCUUAUCCAUCAAUGAAUAACACAGAGACAUUGCAUCAAGUUAGUACUGGUUAUCGUAUGCCACGUCCAGUGAAUUGUCCACAACCAAUAUAUGAUAUGUUAUUACGGAUAUGGGAUAGCUGUCCAGAAAAACGUCCUACAUUCUCAGUUCUAUUUGAAUUUUUUGAAGAUUAUUUUGUCACAUCUGAUACUAAUUAUAAACAUGCUAAUUCAGCAUUAACUGGUUUUAGUGCUUCCAUCACAACUGUUAAUAAUAAUGAUAUUAGUCUACAUCAACCAGCCAAAUCAAUACCACUUGACACAACAAGUUCAUCUAGCACAACGUCGAUCAAUAUCGACGGUACUCAUUCCGCUAUAUCGAAAUGUUGUAGUGGACGUCUAUUAUCAAGAGAUAAAUUACUGCGCCAAAGUACUCAUUAAUUGAACAAGUAUUUGAUUGAAUUUAGUUUUUAGUUCUUGUUUGGUUGUGCAGUUUAUUUCCAUGUUAUUGAUUGAUGAAUUAUUGAAACUAUCUACCUGAAUGUAAUCAGAUUAUUAUUCUUUUUUUUUUGCUCAUCUUUACUUUAUUUUUUAAAAAACAAAAGAAAAAUGGAAAUUUAUGUUUAAUGUUGUUCAAAUAAUUACCGGAUGAAUUAUUCCCCAUUUUAAUUUAUUUAAAUAUAGUUGUAUUAUUCAUUUAUAAUGCAUUUAAUAGAGAUGAUAAUAAGAACAAUUUCAUUUCACAUUAAUGAUGAUGAUUAUUAUUAUUGUCAAAAUCAAACAUUGAGGCAUUGAAAUGUGAAAUGUCUAUUUAAUUAUUGAAAUAUCUAUUGUGAUUGUGAUUAAUUUUGCAUUUUAUUUAAUUAACUAACAUACUCGAAGUAUUGCAUUUACAAAUAAUCUGUAUUGUAAAUAUAUCAAUACAACCAACCAACAAGCAUCGCCAUAACUCAGGGUGUUUUAAACAAAGCAUUUUUGUGUUUUUUCUCUCUCUCCCAUUAAUGAUAGAUUAUUUUUUAUUAUCUCCACUUAUCUUUAAUGUAUUUCUCUUCUCAAUUGUAUUCCUUCAUUUACUUAAUUUCAUUCAUUUCUCCUAUUUAUGAUUUGUAAAUUUAUAUCAUAAUCUUAAUUCCUAUGGUGAUUGUGUUGUGUAUGUGGCUUUUCACCGACUUAUUAUGCAGUUCACUGAUUCAUUCCUUUUGUUUUAUUAAAAUUCUUCUGUUUUCUGAAAUGUAUUUCAAAUUAUAUAAUAAUAAUAAUAAGAAGAAGAAGGUGAAGAAGAACAUUAGCUCAUAAAUUUCACGUAGUUGUUUGUAUUCGUCAUGUGUUGCGGAUGACUUGUUCAAGCAUUCUUGACUCUAACUUAAUAUAUGGUGGGUUAUAUUUUUAACAUUGAGUUUAGUUUACUAAUUUACUUGAAUAAUGAAUGAUCCAAUCCAACUCAUUAAUUUACUUCUUUCCUACCCCUUCCCUCCAAAGAAUAAUUGUAUAUUUUCAAAAUCGAAAGCAUUUAUUGCUUCCUUUACACCUUUGUUAUUCUUUUAUUUUGGAUACAGGAAUAACUGCAAGUGUAUAUAUAUACACAUGUGUGUGAAAUUUUCCUCUUUAUCCUUUCGAAUCAACUAUAUUAUUAUUAUUACUGACUUAUCUGUCCAUCCUAGGCUAAUAAUUUUGUUCGUAACGAUUCCAAAUUAUUAUAACUUGUCUAUGUUUAAUGGUUUUAUUGUGAUAAUUGUUUUUUUGCUUUGCUGUUAUAAGUAAGAUACGUGUAAUCAAUUAGUCGGUUUGUAAGAAUGAAUUUCCCGAUACGAUAUGUAUGUGUGGUUUUGAUAUCAGUUUAAUAAAUCUCUGUCUGUAUGACAUUCAUUUGAACAAUGUCUUGUUUAGUUUUCAUUAGUAAACCGGUUAUCAGCGCUCUGCUUUGUGACCAUAACUUGUUAAGUU